AUGUUUUCAAAAAGAAUUUUCUCAUUUCAAACUAAAUCAACUAAAUUAAAAUUAAUAAAAUCAAUUCAUUAUAAUUUUUAUUGUAAUAAUAAUAAUCAUCAUCCAUUAAAUGCAUUAAAUAAUGAUUAUAAAGUAAAAUAUUUUAGUCAAUCAUCCACACCCACGUCAAAGUCAAUUUCACCACCACCAUAUCGAAUACUAUUUUUUGGAUCAGAUGAUUAUUCGAUUGAAUCAUUAUUAGCUUUAGUCGAAGAAAAAUUCGUGAUACCACCUGAUCAGAUGACAGGUAGAGGGUUAAAGAAUUUAAAACAAAGUCCAAUCAAAUUAAUUGCUGAAAAUAAAGAAUUGGUUCCAAAACCAUCAGAUGAUCUUUCAAGUAACUUUGAUAUAGGUGUUGUAGUAUCAUUUGGUUAUUUUUUACCAUCCAAAGUUAUUGAAUCUUUUACCAAAGGAACUAUAAAUAUUCACCCUUCUUUAUUACCAAAGUAUCGAGGUGCAUCCCCAAUUCAAUAUACAAUUUUAAAUGGUGAUGAAAAAACCGGAAUUACAAUUCAAGAACUUCAUAAAAAAAUUUUUGAUGCAGGAAAAGUUCUUAGAAAAGUUGUUGUGCCAGUACCACCUUAUAUUACUUAUUCAUUAUUAGAAUCUAUGCUUGCUAGAGAAGAUGAAUCAAAAAUUAUAUUAGCUCCAAAAAUAUCAAAAGAUAUGUCUUUUAUUAAAUGGAAUCAUAUAUCAGUAAAACAAUUGGAUCAAUUACAUCGAGCAAUUUCUCAUCAGUAUCCAUUAAGGACAUUCUUCGAUGGAAAACAAAUUCAAUUACAUCAACUUUCUUUACCUAAUUCACUUAAAGAUCAAAAAUUAGGUAAUAAGGAUAUUCUUAAUAUUAAUGAGGAAUUAUUAGAAAUUGAAUUGAUUGAAUGUAAAAGUGUAAAAAUGGAAGUUUUAUGCAUAUAA